UCUUCCAACAUGGCAACCAAUGUAUCAGUGACGUAAUCGCUCGGAUCCCACAGACUAGCCAAUCAGAGGGCGCGCUGCUUCUGUACACGGAACUGAUUGCGGAUUUACUUAGCAGACACGCACAGGUGUCCCCAAUGGCAAAUCAGAAUGGCCAGACUGAUCCCGGCACUUCGGUGGACAUGAUGGCAGGCAUGCAGUUCCCUGCAGCUCCUCCACCGAUCUACGUUUGCACUCUGACCCCGGAUCUGGAGGCCAAGGCACGAGAGGAACUACAGGAGAAGCCAGAGUGGCGUCUUCGGGACGUCCAAGCUCUGCGAGACAUGAUCCUGAAGGAACAUUGCGGUUUGAGAACACGACUCGAUGAUGCCUUUCUCUUACGCUUUCUCAGAGCCAGAAAGUUUGAUUAUGAUCGCGCAUUGCAGCUUCUCCUCAACUAUCACAGCAGCAGGAGGGCCUGGCCAGAAGUCUUCCAGGACCUGAAGCCCUCAACGGUGAAGCACGUACUUGAGCUAGGCUUCCUUACCGUCCUGCCCAGACCUGAUCCUCAAGGCCGCUACAUUCUCUGCUUACGGCCAGGGAAAUGGACACCGAAUGACUAUCCGUUCGUGGACAACAUUCGAGCUAUUUAUCUGACACUGGAAAAGCUGAUUCAACCUGAGGAGUCCCAAGUAAACGGAAUAGUCAUUCUGGUGGAUUAUACUGGAGUUGGCUUGUCACAGGCCUCUAACCCAGGCCCUCUACUGGCAAAAAAAGUCGUUAGCAUUCUUCAGGAUGGAUUUCCAAUCAGAAUAAAGGCAGUCAAUAUCAUAAAUGAGCCACGAAUCUUUAAGGGAAUCUUUGCAAUAAUUAAGCCUUUUCUGAAGGAAAAGAUGGCUGAAAGGUUUGUCUUGCAUGGCUCAGACCUGUCGUCUCUGCACCGUGUCAUCCCGCGCUCUGUGUUGCCGCAAGAAUAUGGAGGCGUGGAUGGUAGACUGGACAUGACCGCUUGGACUCGCACGCUACUAGAAGCCGAGGAGGAGUUUGUCGUGGAGUUUUGUCAGCCAGAGCCUCUGGAGGGUACGCUAAUGCCUGACUCGAUGUUAUUCGAGGGCGAGCAAUCUGAGGACUCAUACAGAAGCCUGCGCUCGCAGCUCUACUACUGCUACUGAUAAGGAAAGAUGUGUUAUUUUUAACAGUUAGGGUCAGAGAUCGGGUUUUAUUUUUCUUAAAUUAUUACGCUGAAAAUGGAAAAGCCUAUUUGAAGCAUUAUUGCAUAAAAUGAUUGUUUAUAGGAAACUUAAAAAGGUGAGGAGAUUUUUUUUUAAUAGCGUCAGUAUAACUCAAGAUGAUGGAUCUGGACUUGCUGCAUCAGGUUAAGGUGUUUUGGAAUAUUUUAAAAUAAUCUGAUUUCAUGCCGUAAGACCAAAAUCCAAAUGCCUAAAGAUUUCCUUUGCUCUUGCUUUAUGCUUACUUGUGCAAACACUACACACAGCCAUGCAAACCGUUCCUUUUAACACUAGAGUUUAAUGUAUUGCCUUAAAUCAAAUAGGAAAAAAAAUAUGUAAAGACCAUGUGAUUGAAACCCAAAGCAAUACUGAUGUACAUUCAUGUUUUAUUACCUCAUUUUUUUGCACAGACACAUAUGUUUUCUCAUUAUGUAUGUUUUACAUUAUGCUAUUAUUCUACAUAUGAUGUUUACUCAUGGUGUUUUAUGUCAGUGUCAGUGUGUACUGUAACUGCACAGAAAGAUUUCUAUUUGUCUUGACUUAAAGCUGCGGGUCAGGUUUACAGUGCCUUUGUUUUUGUGUUAUUGCUUUAGCCAUUCUGUUGUUACAAUUUUUAUGAAUAUCAUAUGAUUUCAUUUUAUGAGGAAUCACUCAUUCAAAUCUCACAAUUAUCUGGGUGUUGUGGCUUGCACGGCUUUGUAAGGGUGUCAAUAUUAUGUUAAUAAUCCAGAUUCCAGUAUGUGAAAUAAAUCAUUGACUUAUUUGUGA